GUCUCUGCACUACUAUUGGUCGCCAAUCAUUACAUCCGCUCUCUUCUCCUAUUUCGUUGCCCACUGUUUUCUAUCUGUUUAUGAAAUGGCAAUCGACACACUCUUCUUAUGCUUUAUAGAGGACUGUCAGCACAACGACGGUGUGGGCAAACCUUAUUUCAUGGGCAGAGGGCUCAUGAGAUUCGUUGAGUCCACUCAUAAGAGCAUCACCGAUAAGAUCUAAACACCCA